AUGGCUGAGAGAGGAGCUCGUGUUAUAUUAGCAUGCAGAAAUGAAGAGAAAGCUUUGGACGCCGUUAAGCAGAUCAGGAUAUUGACAAGAAACGAAGAUGUACAUUACCAAAACUUAGAUCUUGCAUCAUUUGACUCCGUUAGGAAAUUUGCAACAAGGAUACUCAAUUCUCAAAAGCGAUUAGAUGUACUAGUAAACAAUGCAGGUGUCGUUGACGGAGUGAACCAGAAAACAGAAGAUGGAUAUUCUCUCAUGAUACAAUCGAAUUAUCUCAGUUCAUUCCUGUUAACCAUGCUUUUGCUACCCUUGCUCAAAGCGUCGCCUCCAAGUCGUGUUAUAAGCCUAUCAUCCUUUACUCAUAAAUACGUUAAUAUCAACCCAGAGGAAUUGAGCACGAUACCACAAGGCUGGAAUCCAAUGUUGAAUAACAUCUGGUACUUUAGGUCAAAGCUGUGCAUUGUUCUAAUGACUGUGGAACUGGCGCGUCAUCUCAAAGAUUCUGGUGUUACAGCGAACUGCUUGCAUCCAGGAGUUGUCAACACAAACAUGUUGAAUAAUAUAAAUGUGACCAUAAUCAGGUUGUUUAUGAAAGUGAUCAGGAGUCUUGUCAAAACGUCCUGGGAAGGUGCCCAAACGGCGAUAUAUUUAGCAACAUCACCUGAAGUGGAAAGUUCUGGUGGUUACUAUGCAGAAUGUAAGUUAACUAAUCCAAGCCGAACAGCAUGCAAUGUUGAAUUGGCCAAACGGCUAUGGGACACUACUGAGAGACUAGUUAAUUUUUAUUAG